CAUAUAUGUAUUACAGCUCUAGCUCCCUCGUAAACGUAACAAGGUACUGCCUUGGAUACUCAACCCUGGUUUCAGGUUGCAAAGAUGUCCAAGCUCGGUCGCCAGGACGGGUAUCUCUCCGUCAACCCGACACCACCUAAUCAAAACAAACCCCUAAAGAACAGCAGACUUCGUCAAGAAUCGCAGGAUGACAAUGAUACCACCGCCCUGUUUCAACACUCACCCGAGUCGAACAAGCUCGAGAGGGAGUACGAAGCUGGAUGCUUGCCAGACGAGGUGUACGACCGGACGUUGCCUGGUUGGAGAGCGGGACUGAGAAGGUUCCUGACGAGGUGCCUAAAGGUGGAGAGCGAAUACUUGGCUGGCAUGCAGCACCGGAUACGAGGGCAUUUCCUCGAUCGCUACUUCUACUGGACGGCUCUUUUCGGCACGCAUACCUUCUUCAUGGCCGCUCUACCAAUGUUUUUCUGGUUCGGAGACGAUUUCCACGCUCGAGGCUUGCUUAUCGUAACCGGACUAGGAAUCUGGUUAUCCAGCGUCGCGAAAGAUCUAGCGUGUUGUCCUCGACCAUAUAGCCCGCCUGUCAUUCGGCUCUCCAUGAGCACGCACGGUCUCGAAUACGGCUUCCCUUCCUCGCAUUCAGCCAACUCGGUCUCCGCGGCUCUAUUCCUUGGGACGUGGUUGACCCUUAGAUUUACGUCGGGCGAGAUCGAUGCACAGACCCUGGUGAUAGGAAGAUUCGCCUUGGCUGUUUAUGCACUGAGCGUAAUCCUGGGGAGACUGUACUGUGGCAUGCACUCCCUCAUCGACUGCUCGGCGGGAGCUCUCAUCGGUUGGUUCUCCUGGUUCGUCUGGGACAGAUUGCAGGCGCCGUUCGAGGCUUGGCUCGUACAGAGCGAUUGGCGAGCUCCCCUUGCCGCGGUUAUCCUCUGCGGGUUCUUGGUUCACUAUCAUCCUGAGCCAGUAGACGACUGCCCAUGCUUUGAAGACUCCAUCGCCAUCCUCUCCGCUAUGCUAGGGUCGACUUUGAGCCACUGGUACGACUCGCACUAUCGACCGCAUUUCAAGCAUGGAUUCCAGGCCGGAUUCACUCCGUUCGGCUUGACAGGACCUGCGAACGUGGUAGCGCAGACCGUUUUCGGUGCUGGAAAGCUCGUUAUCGGGAUCAGCGCCUUGUUCUUAUGGAGGAUGGUCAUGAAGCGUCUCCUCCAUUUCAUCCUGCCCAUCAUCUUCCGUGCGACCUCGCAAAUCUUCCACUUCGCCCUGCCAACGAGACGACACUACCAAGCCGCGACCGACUAUGAUAAGGUACCCACACCUUAUACCCUCAACCCUUUGCCAUCUUUCGUCGACCUGCCUUCGCAAGCAUCCUUGACCACGGCUCUGCCGCCGUCGUUGCAACUGCACAAACGCUCGAGACAGGCUUCGCACGAAAGCUUUUCGAGCGUCGCUUCGUCGGCUUCGCAGCAGUCGAUCGAGAGCGCGAGACCUCCUCGAAAACGAGCAGAGACGGAGAAGAAGCAUUACGACGUAGAUGUCCUGACGAAGGUAUUCGUCUACGCCGGGAUUCCGAUCAUGGCGAUAGAUCCUGUCCGGGUGGUCUUUGUAUUGCUGGAGAAUCUCAUCGGCAAGCCAUCUUCAGGGUUGUAGUCCCUUGUAUCGCAUGUGUAUCCAUAUCAGGACCCGAAUCACACAACUAUACAUCAUAAUGCGUGCGAACCAUCCAGCAAGGAGGAUCUUUCAGAACACGCGGGUAUGUUGAGCCUCUCGCGGCCUCGUCAGAUGUUACAACAUGAUCUCGAAAAGAGUCGUCGGCCGUCGUCAAAACUCAUGUCGCUGCUAUCGCGCUCAUUGCCUGCCGUACCAACUCCUUGGCGUGCCGUAUCCGCCUUGCAUCAUCCCGGCCAUUCCUUGACCGCCGUACCCUUGUCCUCCAUAACCUUGGCCUCCAUAUCCCAUUCCCAUUCCCAUACCGUUUCCCAUCAUGUUGCCCAUGCCACCUCCCAUGCCGUUUUGCAUGGUCAUCAUGUCGUAAUAGC